CCAAGGAAAGUCUGCCCGAAAAAAAACAUCAAACAUCAAAGUCGUGUCUGGGCCGGCUGGAAAGUGACGAAUGCUUUGGUUUCCAUACGCAAUUCGGGUCAAAUUGUUGCUUAUAAAGUCACUUUCCCCCUGUGCCCGUUCAGUCAGUGUUCCAUCAGAAUGUCAACCAGUGGGACGCAGCCAAUUGUGAGCCUGCUGCUCGUGUUCCUCCUGCGUGGCUGCCUGGCGGAUGUGUCGCACUUUUUCGCUUCAUCGCCCACGGAUUUGGGCAGCUUUCUGCAUGGCCAGGCGCCAUUCCAGCUCGGGCUGAGUCCCUCUGCCUUUUAUGGUUCUCCCGUCACCCCGGCACCCGCUGCAGUGGCUGCGCCUGUGGCCACCACGGAGUUCAGUCUGCCGGAGAUCAUUGAGAAUCGAAGUGUCAAGGCCAAGGCACAACCCAACUUCAUUCCCCUCAGCCAGCACUAUCUGCCGCCUGCCAUUGAGCAGCGGCCCAGCUAUGAGAGUCCCACCAAGCCCGGCGAGGAGUCCUACCCCGCCUACUACUAUCCCCCACCGCCUGCCAGUCCUGUGACCACCCCUCCACAGCCCAUUGUCGUACAGGAUCCGGGCGAGGACAUUGAGACCAUACACUCCCCCGGCUACGACUAUCAUGCGCCCUCCACACCCGCUCCGGUUUAUCUGCCGCCCAGCGAGAGUCUUGGGGAGCUGCGCCUGCGCCUCAAGGACAUGCGCUGCCUGCCCGAGGGCUUCUUCCGGGCGGUGCUGAAGCUGGACAGCUUCCUGGGCGCCGCACCCACGGUGGAUCACGACAGCGACGAUGUGCAGGACAAGCGCUGCGAACUGAAGCUGGCGCGCAGCUUCCUGCUGCUGGACAUUGCCGGCGCGGACUUCGAGCGCUGCGGCGUGCGCUCCUGCGGCCAGGAUCUGUGCCUGCGGCUGCGAUUCCCCGCCAUCAGGGGACUGCGCACCGGCGGCGACUCCAUUCUGACGCUGCACUGCAAGUCCCAGGAGCGGGUGGCCGUCAAGACGCAUGCCCUCAAAAUGGGCGUGGCCAAUGAUGUGCAGUCACGCAGCGUGGGCAACUAUGCGCAUGGGGGCAACCAGAACGCUUUUCGCACCCAUGUGGAGCUGCUGCGACGCGGCAGCAAUGGCUACACGCGCCACCUGGAGACCAACGGAGCGGUGCAGCUGGGCGAGGAGCUGCUGCUGCGCGCCCAUGUCCUGGCAGGCGAUGGCUGGAACUACACCAAGCUGAGUGACGUCCAACUGCAGCGCAUUGCCGCUGGAGGGGAAGUCCUCAACACCGUCCAGUUGAUCAGCUCGCGGGGCUGCCUGAACCCUGCCAUGCAGGCCAUCUGCAGUCAUGCGCCCAUCGUGGAGCCGCCGCUGGGUCAGCGCUUCCACUUCAAGGCGGUGAUGUUUCCGGGCAUGCGCAGUGGCGACGUUCUGGUCAUGUCCAUGCGCAUCAGCGGCUGCCUGGAGCGCGAGGAUUGCCAAAUUACGGCACAGGAUUGCCUGCCCUCGGUGGCACAGCGACGUAGGCGGAAUGCCGACACGACUGCCGCAGCCGGCAAUGGCACAGAGAUAUCGGAAUUCAGCCAACUGUCCUUCCGUGUGAUUAUGCCCGGCGUGGAGGAGGAGGAAGUGCCAGCCAUGAGGCAUGUACUGGGCGCAUCCAAAUCGCUGGCACUGUGGGGCAGUGUGGCAUUUGUGGCGCUUCUCCUGGCCGUGGCCCUGGUGGCAUUGCACAAGUUUGGCAGAUAGAAAAUGUGCGAGGGAAAUCCCUCUCUAAGUCUCACACUUUAGCGUGGAUUUUUCCCGUAUUUCCAGCUGCCAGCUCGGCGUUGUUUUGACCAUUUUGAGCCUUAAACAGCAAACAGAAAUUAGCACUUAAUAAAAUCUUAUUUAUGUUCAUGUCGCUUGUAAUUGGACAGCCGCGUGGAGUACAAAUAAAACAACUG